ACCAUCUGUGUUUUGGUUUCUCUCUCUAGGGGUUUAUACCAAAGCAACAAAAUCAGAUUGCUCACGUUUUUCCAAGAUUCCCUUCGAUUCUUAAAAGGUGGGUCUUUUUAGGAUUCUUCAGUUGAUGCUAUUAAGAAAAGAAGAUUCUUGAUUCCCAGUAAAAGAUUCUGAAUUCAAUGCGUUUUAAAUCAUUGUAAAGAUUCCAUUCUUUCUAACUUCUGUCUCUGUUUCUAAUACUUCUCUAAUACUUAUCUCACUUUCUAAGUUUAAUUUCAAUGCUACUUAAAUGAAUUAUCGGGCUAUUGUUGUAAAUCAGUACUAGGAAUUAUGGAAACUCUCUAUCCAGCUUCGUUUAUGUCAAACUCCAACUGGUUUGUCCAAGCGAGCCAGAGCACAGAAUGGACUAGAGAAGAAAACAAGAAGUUUGAGAGAGCGCUUGCUAUAUACGACGAGAACACUCACGACCGAUGGACAAAAGUGGCGGAAAUGAUCCCGGGAAAGACGGUGUGGGAUGUGAUCAAGCAGUACAAGGAGUUGGAAGAUGAUGUCAGUGAUAUAGAAGCAGGGCGGUUUCCGAUUCCCGAUUACCUGAUCUCUUCCUUCACAAUGGAGUUGUUUGAUGAUCGCAACUUUGAUGCCCAUAGAAGAAAAUCUUCAACAGCUCGUGGUCCUGAUCAGGAAAGGAAGAAAGGAGUGCCAUGGACAGAAGACGAACACAGGCGGUUCCUGAUGGGGCUUCAAACGUACGGUAGAGGGGACUGGAGAAAUAUCUCCCGGAACUAUGUAAUUACCAAGACUCCAACUCAAGUGGCAAGUCAUGCUCAGAAGUACUUUAUAAGGCAGCUUUCAGGAGGGAAAGAUAAGAGAAGGCCAAGCAUCCAUGACAUCACAACUGUCAGUCUCACAGACACCACACCGGAAAAUAAUAAACCUCUCCCAUAUGAUCAGUCUUUUGUGCUUCCACUUCAGCAAAAGCCAACCAGCGCUCCAAGAAUGUCACUUGACUGGAAUCAACCUCCCAAUGAAGCAGUCACGGUUUUCGACUUAGCUCGUGGAAACCUUUUAAUGUCAUCUCCAUAUGACUUUAAAGCACAAGGGCGAAAUCUGUAUGGCAGUGCUCAUUAUGGAACUCAUACCAAGCCGCACAAUUUGAUGUUUCAAUUCCAAUCCUCAAGACAUCAAAUACCUGGAUAAGGCAGCUAUCAUGUAUGUUUUAACAAGUCUAGGCUAUGUUCAGUAUAGUUUCACUGUCAGUGCUUUUGUGAUGGUUUUUCUGUGUGAUCGCCUGAUUGAGGGCUUGAGUUUCAUUGUUUUUAAACGAUGCAAAAGAAGAAAAUACUAUAAUGAUUUAAAUCUCA